GCAGUUUCAGAACAAAGUAUCACCAUACAAAAUAAUAUUGCAUUUCAUUUCAUUAACCAGUCGUUAUUCAAAACCCUAACCUCCGUUUCACGCAGCAUCAAUGGCGUCUCUGCUGCCGUCAUCUCCGUCGUCAUGCUCCACUUCUUCGUCGUCAUCACUUCUCUACCCGCGCUCCUUCAGCCGUCGAUUCAUCCACCAUUACUCACGUAUCCCUGCAUCUCAUAACACCAUCAGGUGUGAGAUUAGCAAAUCGUUGAGCGGGAAGCCGUUGGUACCGAUUAUUAACGACGGGGUGCUGCCGAACUUCAUGCAAGCAGGACGCAUGAACAAUACUGUUAUUAAUGGAAGGCUUAAGAUUUUCUCUGGCACUGCAAAUUCUGAACUUUCUCAGGAAAUUGCGAGGUACAUGGGUCUUGAUCUUGGAAUGAUCAAAAUAAAACGGUUUGCAGAUGGUGAAAUUUACGUUCAGCUGCAAGAGAGCGUGCGAGGGUGUGACGUGUAUCUUGUGCAGCCUACCAGCCCUCCUGCUAACGAAAAUCUGAUGGAGCUUCUAGUGAUGAUCGAUGCGUGCCGAAGAGCAUCAGCCAAAAACAUCACAGCCGUCAUCCCUUACUUCGGCUACGCUAGAGCCGAUAGAAAAACACAAGGGCGUGAAUCUAUUGCCGCCAAACUCGUAGCAAACCUUAUAACCGAAGCAGGUGCAGAUCGUGUUCUUGCUUGUGAUCUUCAUUCCGGGCAAUCAAUGGGUUACUUCGAUAUUCCAGUGGACCAUGUGUACUGUCAGCCUGUUAUUCUCGAUUACCUUGCCAGCAAGUCAAUUUGCUCCAAUGAUUUGGUAGUGGUGUCGCCUGAUGUCGGUGGAGUUGCUAGAGCGCGCGCUUUUGCCAAAAAGUUAUCCGAUGCCCCUUUGGCCAUUGUUGACAAAAGACGCCAUGGACACAACGUAGCUGAGGUAAUGAAUCUGAUCGGUGAUGUCAAAGGAAAGGUCGCUGUGAUGUUGGAUGAUAUGAUUGAUACUGCUGGAACUAUAUCUAAAGGUGCAGCUCUGCUUCAUGAAGAGGGAGCUAGGGAAGUCUAUGCUUGUUGCACUCAUGGUGUAUUCAGUCCCCCUGCGAUUGAGAGGUUGUCGAGCGGUUUGUUCCAAGAAGUGAUUGUUACAAACACGAUCCCGUUAAAGGAACAGCAUUACUUCCCACAGCUAACUGUUCUGUCAGUAGCAAAUCUUUUGGGGGAGACCAUUUGGCGUGUUCAUGAUGACAGCUCUGUAAGUAGCAUCUUUACAUGAGCUUCGAGAAUACCUAUAGACACAAACAAAACUGGAGCUGGCGUUCGUUUUUGGUUUUGAAAUAGAUUAUUUUCGGGAUAAGUGGGCCUUGUGUUACGUUGAUGCUUACUUAUAACCUGAUUGGGUUGGUCAUUUUUGCCGUUUUGGCUGCGUAUUUCAUGGAAAUGCUCUUGGUUGAGUUGAAAUCGGCUUUCACUUUUUGUGUCUC